AUUUGGACGACAGAUGCAGCGUGAGUAAAAUUCUCGAACAACUCGUUGGUUCAAUAUAAUGACUUCCACAGCUGCCUUAUCAUAUUCAAGGCACGUAGUUGGACGUCUGAAGUUGUAACUGUGAUACUGGGCGUCAUCAUGAUCGCUCGGUUACAUGCCAUGUAUCAGCAAUCCAGAAAGGUGCUGAUAUUUCUGGUUGUCAUCUUUCUGGCCACCACCAUCCCCAACGUAGUGAUGAUCACAAUAUCGAUGAUGGAGCUUUCGGGGGAGGAAUUUGUUCUCUCCGGCACCUAUCAGUGCAACCUUGGCUACAGUUCUGGAGAUGUCCUACUUUUGCUUUCCGUGACUUGGAUACUUAACACUGUUUGGGAGGUCCUCGCUCUGUGUCUCGCGGUCUGGAUUACUGUGAAGCACUUACGUGAAUUGCGACAACACUCGACAAGAGGUAUUAUCGGGGACUGUUUCACGGUCUUGAUGCAGACUCACAUUAGUUACUUUGCAAGUUUUUUGGUUGUCUCUUGCUUCCAGAUGGCUGGUUUAUUCUCUCCGACGUUCUCAGCGGGUGAAUUGUCCCUGGGUAUUGAGAUUUAUUAUGGUUUCGUUUCAAUUUUCGAGAUAGCGCAGAUGUCUGUGCUGGGACCACGCCUCAUCCUUGGUGUUCGAGAAUAUUAUGCAAAACUCGUGGCCGACUACGAUACAGCAAGUGCUAUGACUUCAGUUGCUUUCGAGGAACGUGUCCAUGUGGAAACUAGCAGUAGCGUGUAGUGUAGACCAUUCUCGAUAUAAUCGUUUUGC